ACUGAUACAAAUUUUCAGCAUGUUUUAUUGUUUUCGGUAGGCGGUGCAUUUGGUGGAAAUAGGGGAGCGAGACCUAUACCUCCAGAAAAAGGUGUAUUUCCUUUGGAUCAUUUGCAUGAGUGUGACUUGGAAAAGAAAGAGUACGUAGCCUGCUUGAAAUCAUCAGGCUUUCAGUCGGAAAAAUGUAGGCACUUCUCGAAGAAGUACUUGGAAUGUCGCAUGAUGGAGAGAAACUUGAUGGCGAAACAAGACAUGUCGGAGCUUGGGUUUGGCAAGGAAGAUGAAAGAGAUCCUUAUGAAGAGUCAAACAUCAAAAUCAACAAUCAAUAUAACCCUUCAACUGAGAAGAAGAAAAUAGCUCCUUGA